AUGCUCGAAUUCGCAGCCGUCGAGCUCGAAAUCGAGGGUUUCUACGAAACUUCGAGCUACUCCACGUACCUGCGCCCGCCGGAUGGGGUCCGGAUUUCGCGACGGACGGUGGAGAUCAACGGGAUCACGAGCGACUCGGUGCGCAACGCGCCGAGCUUCGGCGAAGUGGCGGAUACGAUCUAUGAGCUCAUGGACGUUGAGAUCCCCUUACCGUCGUGCUCCAUGUGUCUCCUCUCCGUGCUCGUUUGGGCGCCAGGCAAGGUGUGGGCGGGGCACAACAUCAGCCGGUUUGACAACGCGCGCAUCCGAGAGGCGUUCAACGGCCUGGGCCGCGCGCCGCCCGUGCCGGCUGGCGUGGUGGACACUUACGACCUGCUGAGACGGGAGUUCGGCACGCGCGCUGGCAACAUGAAGGUGAGGGUGUGGCGUGGGAUCCGUCACGGGGGUGGGUUAUCGCAAGGUCUUCCCAUCUUAUUAUCCUCUGAUCAUAUUCUCGCCAUGAUUCUUGGUGCACUCCCCCUUUUUUGGCUUGUCUGUUUGUUUCCUUCCCCCCCCGCGUUCAUCCCAACAGAUGGCAUCGCUGGGAGCCUACUGUGGCCUGGGCAUGCAAGUGCACAGGUGGGUCCUGGGCAUGCAAGUGCACAGGUGGGUCCUGGGCAUGCAAGUGCACAGGUGGGUCCUGGGCAUGCAAGUGCACAGGUGGGUCCUGGGCAUGCAAGUGCACAGGUGGGUCCUGGGCAUGCAAGUGCACAGGGCUUUGCCUUUGGCCACGGUUCGGCCGUUCGUCUCCCUUCUUCCCCUCUCCUUCCCAUUCCCCCCCUCUUCCCCCUCUCUCUCCCCUCUUUUCCUCCCCUCCCCCCCGCUAGCGUGCCGGACCGCUUUGCCUUUGACGAGGCAACAGGCCGGCCGGUAGUCCUUCGCCCCUCACGCCCUCUCCUCCCGUCUCAACCCCCCUCAUACGUCCCCCCCACCAGCGUGUCGGACCGCUUUGCCUUUGACGAGGCAACAGGCCGGCCGGUAGUCCUUCGCCCCUCACGCCCUCUCCUCCCGUCUCAACCCCCCUCGUACGUCCCCCCCACCAGCGUGUCGGACCGCUUUGCCUUUGACGAGGCAACUGGCCGCCCGUCCUUCUCGCUGCUCCUCGCCAUCUCACCUGCCGCUGCUGCCGCCAUCACUGCCUGCUUUGACGCUCUGCUGGCGUGUGUGGGGAGUGGCAAGGGGGCUGCUGCUGCACGAGGGGAGGAACGCCGCGUGGAGGGCGCAGGGGAGGAGGAGAGCGGCGGGGGGUGUGGCGAGGAGGUGCGGUCGCCCUUUGUGGCGGCGUGGGAGGAGGAGGACGGCACGAGAGUGAUCCGCGUCAAGCUGGCAGCUGACGGUGUGAGAGGGGAUGCUGAUUGGCGCACCAAGUUCUUCUCCUGUGCUGCACCGCUCGCAACCGCUCUCAACCCAGCCAUUGUCAGCACCAGCUCUCCCACAGACACCAGCACCUACGACAGCUACCAGCAAUCACCCGCACAGCAGAAUCUGCACCUGCCCAGUGACCCUCAGCAGCUGCACCUGCCCGUGGACCCACACACGGUAGCAGCUGCGCUACCAGCAGGGGCCACAGUGGACGCGGCGUUUCUCGUUGACUCCUACUGUGUCAAUGGCACCAGGGGGCUACGCUUCGUGGCAGAUGUGAUUGUAGUGAGGGGGUGA